AUGAAGGAGCUAGAAAAGAAUCUUACGAGUACAGAUAUGUCAAUGGCGACCAAGAUCAAGAUAACCCAUGCCAUGGGACACCCUGGCCAGCCAGGACACCGAGGUCUACCUGGCCUGGAUGGCUGCAAUGGUACUACUGGGAGUCCGGGUUUCCCAGGAACAGAUGGAUUUCCUGGCACGCAGGGGCCACCGGGUCGUCCUGGCCCAAAGGGUCCAAAAGGAGAACCUUCAUUUGCCCAGGGAGUUUUUAAAGGAAUUAAGGGAGAAAGUGGGCUUCCUGGACUGGAUGGUGAUGUCGGUCCUGUCGGCCGCCCAGGUCCACCAGGUCCCGCUGGCCCAGUUGGACCACCUGGCUUUCUGGGGCCACCAGGCCUCCCGGGUCCCCCGGGUCUUAAAGGGAACAUGGGGUUGGGCUUCCAGGGAGAGAAAGGAGAAAAAGGAGACGUGGGGCUUCCAGGCCCUGCUGGACCUCCACCUUCCACUGGGAUCCUGGAAUUCAUGGGUUUCCCGAAAGGACAGCAAGGAGCAAAGGGCAUUCCCGGCCCCAAAGGAUUUCCUGGGUUCCUAGGACAUCCAGGUCUUCCGGGCUUCGGGGCUUUUGGAGAAAAAGGAGAAAAGGGUGUGCCUGGCUUGCCAGGACCCCGGGGAGACAUGAGAUUCAAGGGAUUGACUGGUGCUGAAGGCAGAAAGGGCGUAAGAGGUGACUCCGGCUUUCCUGGACAGGAUGGACUUCCAGGAGGAAAGGGCGAAUGGGGCGACAUCGGGCCACCUGGCCCCACAAUUUAUGUCGACAUGGAUGGUUCCAUAAUCUCAGGUCCUCUCGGAGAUCCUGGGAUACCGGGUACCCCAGGCCCUAGGGGCGAUGAAGGGACCAUAGGCUUACCAGGUCCUCCUGGCCAACCUGGAUUUCCUGCCCCAGUUACAGGCUCUCCAGGCCGCUUGGGGUUCCCUGGUGUUCCAGGUCUCCGAGGUGAAACCGGCGACCCAGGAAGAGAAACAGUUGGGUUCCCUGGCCCUCCUGGCCGAGACGGACCUCCAGGUUUCCCAGGAGCUCCAGGGCUUCCUGGUCCACCACGUGAUGCAGGCGAUUGUGCUUGUGAUGGAGGGUUCUCAGGAUUUGGCCUGAGAGGAGAGCUUGGUGCUCCUGGUCAGCCUGGAGGAUCGGGUGAAGUAGGCCCAAAAGGACUUCCAGGAGACCCAGGAGACAUCGGCUUUCAAGGACCCCCUGGACAAUCGAAUUUAUUUGGUCAGCCUGGCCCUCCUGGCCAGAAGGGAGAAAAAGGAGAAGCAUCUUUCACCACUGGCAGAGGCUUCCGGGGAGAUCCAGGGGAUGUAGGCCCCAGAGGUCCGUCGCUUCCAGGGCCCCCUGGUAGGGACGGUGUCCCAGGUUUGCCAGGUCGACCUGGCCCUCCAGGUGACGGUGGCCUGGGCUUUCCCGGGGAGAAAGGUCUGCCAGGACAGCCUGGGUUCAAGGGUCAGCGUGGUGAGCCGGGUCCCCCUGGCAUUAGUUUUCCAGGCCCAAACGGAAUCAGUGGGCCUCCAGGUGAUCCAGGAGUAAACGGUCUUCCAGGACAGCAAGGACCUCCAGGCCCUCAAGGUGACUGCUGCUGCGGUGAGGAGUUUGGUAAUGGAGUCUUAGACACUCUGGGAGGUAUGACACUGCCCUGUAUAAUCCCUGGAGCGACUGGUCCCCCUGGGCUUCCGGGUCCCCCAGGAUUUCCAGGCUUUCCUGGCAUCAGUGGAGAUGCGGGGUUUCUGGGACUUCCGGGAUCUGAUGGAACAAAUGGGUUCCCUGGUAAGUCAGGUCCUCCUGGCUUGCCCGGUGCGAAGGGGCCGCCUGGUGAAGUGCUUGGAGCUGAGAGAGGACCUCAAGGGGAACCUGGGCAACCAGGGUUGCCGGGAGAGAAAGGCAUGACUGGGAAUCCUGGAUUUCCUGGGCAGAAAGGAUCGGAUGGAAGGCCAGGUCUGCCAGGUAUCAAAGGAGGACGUGGAGAACCAGGUCCUCCAGGUACCGAUGGACCAAGAGGACCUCCGGGGCCUGGAGGCCCGUAUGGUAUAAAAGGAAUACCAGGUCCAGUGGGCACAGUCGGCUUGCCGGGAGCACCAGGCUGUCAAGGACUUCCUGGGGACAAAGGCCAACUUGGCGAUCUGGGCCCACCUGGCCCUGCUGGCAUGAAGGGGCUCCCUGGUCUUGAGGGUCUUCUGGGACGUCCUGGUGAAAGAGGGCUUCCUGGGCCACUUGGUCGUCUGGGCCCAGAUGGGAAUCCAGGUUUCCCUGGAUCCAAAGGUGAAAAAGGUUCACCGGGCUUGCUCGGUUUCCCUGGCAUGCCAGGCCUGCCUGGGAUCUCUGGUGCGAGCGGGGUGAAAGGAAUAUCCGGUAUACCAGGAGCAGACGGAAUAACUGGCUUUCCUGGGGCCCAGGGCCGGAAAGGAGACAGAGGCGAUCGUGGUCCCCCUGGUCGACCCGGCAGACCUCCAGAAACAGUCAUCAUGGCUAAAGGAGACAGAGGAGAUCCCGGAUCCAUAGGGCUUGGUGGAUUUCCAGGGCCUCGAGGGGACAGAGGACUCCCUGGGCCUCGUGGGCAGCCAGGCCUUCUGGGAAUCCCGGGGCUACCAAGCAGAGAGCAAGGACAGAGGGGAGACACAGGCCCCCCAGGAACACUUGGCUACCCUGGCACUGCAGGGCAGAAGGGAGCUGCCGGCAUCGUGGGGUUUCCAGGCAUGCCAGGAGAAAGUGGAGCUGAGGGCUCACCAGGGCCUCCUGGAUUCCCAGGGACAGUGGGGUUGCGCGGCCCAAAAGGUGACCGAGGGGAGACAUUUGGCUUCCCCGGGGCUGUGGGACCUAAAGGUCAACGAGGGGACCCCGGGCUUCAUGGUGGCAGAGGCAUUGAGGGACCAAAGGGCGAACCUGGAUACUCAGGAAACAUUGGGCUAACUGGACCGAAAGGUGUGCCAGGUGACCUUGGCCAAGAAGGACCACCAGGUUUCCCUGGAAUCCGUGGUUCCCAAGGAAAUGGAGGUUUCCCAGGCAGUCCAGGGAAGCAAGGCCCUCCAGGGUUUCCGGGGCUUCCAGGCAUAGCAGGGGUAAAAGGACACCCUGGUCCUCUCGGUUUGCAUGGCCUCAAUGGCUUACAAGGCACAAAGGGAUCGCCCGGAACUCCAGGGCCAAGUGAAAUUGGACUUCCAGGCACUGCUGGACCUCCGGGUAUCAAAGGUGAACAAGGUGCCCCAGGUUUUCAGGCUGGAGGCCCAGGGCUUCCCGGACUGAAAGGCGUUGCGGGAGACGCUGGACUUCCUGGCACCUUAGGUGUGCCUGGUUUGCAAGGACCUCCCGGCAUCUCUUUUCCGUCUCUCAUGCCUGGGAGACCUGGUGAUCCUGGACAUCCGGGAGAAGAUGGCAUACCAGGCUCCCAAGGACCCCCUGGGCUACGAGGACCCCCGGGCCCUGCCUUCAAUCAAGGCGAUACAGGCAACGCGGGCUUUCCUGGCCUUCCUGGUUUGCCCGGCCUCAGAGGGGAUAUGGGGAUCCCUGGGCUAGCCGGAGUCCCAGGAGCAUCAGGAUUCAAAGACCUGGUGAUCCUGGACAUCCGGGAGAAGAUGGCAUACCAG